GAGCCCUUCAAAGUCAACGCAAGCGGAGGUGGGUGUGGGCAGCCAAGGCACUCUCUUGGAAACAGUGUAUUGGCCUCGGGACUCCUGGGCCCCUUGGGAUUUCCAAUGGGAUCUUAGAAGCAGCAGAAGGGAAGUUUAGCAGCCCCUGCGAGACCAGCUGCAAUUCCAACGCUCCGCCCUGCCCCGGUUCUGGACCAGGGAGCCCAAAGCCUCCCUCAUCACCCGUCAGGUCCUGGUUGUUAUCCAGGUGGAUACACAUGGCUCUUCUACGCAAAAUUAACCAAGUGCUGCUGUUCCUUCUGGCCCUGACCCUCUGCGGAAUUCUGUACAAGAAGGUUCACAGGGGAUCUGUACUCAAGCCUGAAGCCGGUGAUGAUUCUGAAUCUCCCGAGGACAUGGAAGAGGAGAUUCCAGUGGUGAUCUGUGCGGCCCCAGGGAGGAUGGGCGCAACCAUGGCUGCCAUCAACAGCAUCUACAGCAACACCGAUGCCAACAUUGUGUUCUAUGUCGUCGGACUACGAAACACGCUGCCUCGAAUAAGAAAAUGGAUCGAACAUUCUAAACUGAGAGACAUAAACUUCAAAAUUGUGGAGUUCAACCCUAUAGUCCUCAAGGGGAAGAUUAGACCAGACUCAUCGAGGCCUGAGCUGCUCCAGCCUCUGAACUUCGUUCGAUUUUAUCUCCCUCUGCUCAUCCAUCAGCACGAGAAAGUCAUCUAUUUGGACGAUGACGUCAUCGUACAAGGUGACAUCCAGGAACUGUACGACACCACCCUGGCUCUGGGCCACGCAGCAGCCUUCUCGGACGACUGUGACUUGCCCUCCGCUCAAGACAACAAUCGGCUUGUGGGGCUGCAGAACACGUACAUGGGCUAUCUGGACUACCGGAAGAAGGCCAUCAGGGACCUUGGCAUCAGCCCCAGCACCUGCUCUUUCAAUCCGGGCGUGAUUGUCGCCAACAUGACGGAAUGGAAACACCAGCGUAUCACCAAGCAGCUGGAAAAGUGGAUGCAGAAGAAUGUGGAAGAAAACCUCUACAGCAGCUCCCUGGGAGGAGGAGUGGCUACCUCCCCGAUGCUGAUUGUGUUUCACGGCAAGUAUUCCACCAUCAACCCUCUGUGGCACAUACGGCACCUGGGCUGGAAUCCUGAUGCAAGAUAUUCAGAGCACUUCCUGCAGGAAGCUAAACUACUCCACUGGAAUGGAAGACAUAAGCCCUGGGACUUCCCGAGUGUUCACAAUGACUUAUGGGAAAGCUGGUUUGUUCCUGACCCUGCAGGGAUCUUCAAACUCAAUCACAACAGAUGACACUGCGCCUUGGGAUCCUGCUAAUGCUGUUUCUUAUGAGCAGCAGCACCUCUGAUAUACAUGACCUGCAACGUAAGGAAAAGCUGCUGAGUACAACUGAACCACGUAUCACACAGGUGGACCUAACUCCUUGAAGUUCAAGUGAUAAUUACGACUGGUUAGUUACCACCUCCCUCCACCCCUUUCUGGUGAUUUGAGAUAGGGUCUCACUGUGUACCAGGCUGGUCUUGACUUGAUGACAAUUACAUCAGAAAAAUUUAAAAGUCUCUAAUUUUUUAGUUAGGUAUUUUUGUACCUGUUCUUGUUUGUUUUGGUUUUAAGAUGGGGUCUCUCUCUAUAUAUAUAGCCCUGACUGGCUUAGAACCUACUUAUCAACCAGGCUGGCCUCAAACUCAAAAGAUCUGUAUGUUCUGCCUCCUUUGUACUGGAAUUAAAGGCACAUGCCACCAUGCCUGGCUAAAGGUUUUUCAAUUUUUUAAAAGGUUGCCAGUUUUGUCUUGUAUAAAAACUAAAAACUAAAAGUUAGAGAUAUUGCCAGGUGGUGGUGUAUGCCUUUGAUCCCAGCAGGCAGAGGCAGGAGAAUCACUGUUGAGUUAGAGACCAGCAUAGUCUACAGAGUGAAUUCUAGGACAGCUAGGGCUACACAGAGAAACCUUGUCUUGAAAAACACAACCAAAAAAAAAAAAAAAAUAUCUGCACAAAUAAAAUUUCCAAGUUUUUAUGAUUUUUCU